CUCUUCUGCUGCUGGUGGCUGGGAACGGGUGAGGUAGCAACCCCCGCGCUUGUGCGGAGGUGUAGUGGUCCUGCGGCGCCACAGCAGAGGAAGCGGGAGACAAACACAGAUACAAACACACACGCGCGAUAGGAUUUUCGAUUGCGGGCGGCGGCCUGGUGGUGCUUGCGUGGGGAGGCACAAAAUACAGCAGCGGGCGCGCACACCCAAACGAUGCACAGCAGCGACAGCUUCAGCAACGGGGUGCAGCCGUACCUCGAGGCCUACGCCUCGAGGAGGAGCUAUGUCCCGAUCGGUGACAAGAAGGAGGAUGGGCAGAGGGGGACAAGGGACCGCGGUGCAGAGCGGGAAGGGAUGCAGCAGCUGGGCUGGAGAAGGGCUGUGGGCGUAGUCGCGAUUGUUGGCUUGUUCUGCUCCGCGGUCUCGGCAUCGAGCUCGAGGUGGAUCGCCCCCGGCGGCGGGACGUCCGCUCCCGAGCAGCCGCUGCAAGACGUGGGAAGCUCUUACCACGGCAUGUUGGAUGAUGCCUUUGAGAAAGGAAACCUCAUGGUUGGACGGUGCGAGCAUGGAUCGAACUCGUCAUCGCGAUCGGCUCUCUCCGUCUCUCUUGUGAUGGAAGUAUCCAACGUAAAUGCACGCGUUGUGGACUCGAGCUUACUCUUGACUUGUGACAGAUGUUCGGAGUCCACCGUUCCGAGAACAUAG